AUGUUAAAAUUCAAAGUAUGUGGUAGUGUGGUGGCGUUGUACGUGCUUAUCGGAAUGGUCCACUCGACCGGAUUCUACAUUGACAACGGUGUCGAUCAAACCGUGCGGGAAAAAAGUGUUGAACUGCACGAACGGCAAGAAAUUGAGCAUGAAAUCCUCGAACUUCUGGGACUGCCCGAUCGUCCCAACAAACAGCAUGUUCAUCCUUCGUUGAGGAAAUCAGCACCACAGUUCCUGCUCAAUAUCUAUCACAAAUUUACGGAAGAAUUUAAUGGCGGCCACACACGUCGGAAACGGUACGCGGACGGUGGCAAUCUCUUUACGAUUGCGGACGAGCGUGCAAUUGGCGAGAGUGACGUGAUCAUGUCCUUCCUGAACAAAGCUAAUCGUCAUUUGCCCAAGAUCCGGCACCACCGUGGUGGACAUCGGCUUUGGUUCGACACGUCGGAGAUCGGUUCCGGUGGGGACAACAAUGAACUGCUGUACGCAAGUUUAAGGAUGUACAAAAACCGUACCACCGAGAGACCCUGGGACGCGAUCGUUCGUGGUCGACAGAUAGUUGUGCGUGCUUCGCUGAUUGGUGGAUACGAUGCAGUUAAAGAUGGACACCAGUUGGAGUACAUUGGCGAACAGUCGGUUCCAUACAGCUACGAGGGAUGGGUUGAGCUUAACGCCACUCAGGCCAUGCAGCGGUGGGUUGUCGAUCGAGUUGGAAACAAGGGUAUCUUUGUGGAGGUAUACUAUGCGGAGAGUCCUCGCAAGGACAUUCUACCGCACGAGGUAGGUUUGAUCCUGUCAAACCGGUUCGGACGUUAUCAACCGUUUCUGGUCGGUUACUGCAAGGGACCAGAGUUGGUCAAACCAACGGCAUCUAUUACCGACGGGAGCUUAGGCGGAGGACGAUCGAAACGCAGCAUCCGACGCAACAAGGGCGGCAACAGUAAACGUACCGAGCGGAUCCGAAAUCCCUUCCUCGAACGAUUCGGCGCAGCUUCGGAGCGACAGAAAAGCUGUCAAAUUCAAACGCUGUACGUUAGCUUCCGGGAUUUGAAUUGGCAGGAUUGGAUCAUCGCGCCGGACGGGUUCGGAGCGUUCUUCUGCUUCGGUGAGUGUAACUUCCCGCUUAACUCCCACAUGAAUGCAACGAACCAUGCGCUCAUACAAACGCUGGUACAUCUGAUGCAUCCGACACGCGUCCCGAAGCCGUGCUGUGCGCCAACUAAACUGAACCCGAUCUCGGUACUGUACCACAUCGAUGACGCUAACAUUAAUCUAAAAAAGUACAAAAACAUGGUCGUCAAAAGCUGCGGUUGUUUGUAGCUAAG